ACUAAAAUACGAAACCACUGCGGUGCUAUUUGAAAUUUUUUUUUUUUCCCCCUCUAAUUUUUCGGAUUGAAGGAUGAUGCAGUCUAGGGAUGACAUGGUGAACCAGAUCCAGGUAAGUUUCAUCUUUUUGGGCUCAUUUCCCUCCUUAACUGGGCCGUGUAACAUUUGCGCGAGAACUCUCACACUAUUGGACCCCAUUAUUUGGGCCCAUCGCCUCACUUUGGGGCCUCAUCGAAACCAUGUGAAAACCCCGGGAAACCUCCUCUUCCCUCUUUGGCCUCUCCCCUCCCUAUGACCCUCCUCCGCCUCCCCAAACCCUCCUCCCCCACCGCCGCCGCCGCCGCCGCGGAGCCGAGCGUCGCCGCACUCCUCGGCCUCUGCCGCAGCGUCCGCGCCCUGGAGCAGGUCCACGCCCUCAUCAUCCGCAGGGGCCUGGAGCAGCACCACGCCCUCCUCACCCGCUUCGUCUCCCUCUGCGGCUCCUUCGCCGCCCCCUCCUACGCUGCCGCGGCGUUCCGCGCCGUCGCCGCCCCCUCCCUCCUCCUCUUCAACGCCGUCCUCGCCGCCCAUGCCCGCAGCUCCCCGCUUCCCGCCACCCUCGCCCACUUCAACCUCCUCCGUCGCCGCUCCCCCGACCCCCCCGACGCCUUCUCCUUCCCCUCCCUCCUCCGCUCCUGCGCCCGCGCCGCCGCGCUCCCCGCCGGCGCCGCCGCCCACGCCGCCGCCCUCCGCUCCGGCCUCGACGCCGACCUCUUCGUCCGCACCGCCCUCGUCGACUUCUACGGCAAGUGCCGCGACGUCGCCGCCGCGCGCCGCCUCUUCGACUCCAUGGAGGUACGCAACAAUGUCUCCUGGACCGCGAUGCUCAUCGGGUAUCUCGCGGUUAAUGAUCUAGCGUCGGCCCGCGCCCUGUUCGACGAAAUGCCUGCGAAAAAUGUGGUGUCUUUCAAUGCCAUGAUCGACGGGUAUGCCAAAUCCGGGAAUCUGGCGAGUGCUCGGAAGCUGUUUGACGAAAUGCCGGAGAGAAAUAAAGUAUCUUUCACUUCCUUGAUAGAUGCGUAUGCAAAGGCCGGAGACAUGGUCUCUGCGAGGUCUUUGUUUGAUAAAUUGAAGGAUAGGGAUCUAUUCUCAUGGUCGGCAGUGAUCUCGGGCUAUGCCCAGAAUGGUCGUCCCGGUGAGGCCUUAAAGAUCUUCUCUGAUUUCUACGAACAGAACAUCAGACCCGACGAGUUUAUUGUUGUAGGGCUGAUGUCGGCAUGUGCUCAAUUGGGUAGCCUCACAUUGGCCAAAUGGGUCGAUUCAUACAUUACCCGUUGUUCAAUCGAUACGAACAACUCCCGUGUCUUUAUAGGCCGUAUAGACAUGAAUGCAAAGUGUGGCAACAUGGAAAGGGCUUCUCUCCUGUUCGAUUCAAUGCCGGAUAAAAAUGUUGUCUCAUACUGUUCUAUGAUGCAAGGGUAUCUUCUUCAUGGGUCUGGAGCAAAGGCCGUCGAGCUCUUCUCCCAGAUGCUUGAGGAGGGGCUUUCACCUGAUAAUGUUUCUUUCACUGUGGUCCUCACUGCAUGUAGCCAUGCUGGCCUAGUCGAGGAAGGGAAGAAGUAUUUUGCGCUGAUGAGGAAUGAGUUUUCUAUUGUUCCAUCUUCAGACCAUUAUGCUUGUAUGGUGGACCUUCUUGGUAGGUCGGGGAAAUUGAAAGAGGCAUAUGAGCUUAUAGAAUCGAUGCCUGUGGAACCUCAUGCUGGGGCAUGGGGUGCAUUGUUGGGUGCUUGUAGGGUACAUUGUGAUAUUGAGCUCGGAGAUAUUGUAGCGAAGAAGCUUUUCAAAAUAGAACCUCAGAAUGCUGGUAAUUAUGUCUCACUAUCAAACAUCUAUGCGGCUGCUGAUAGAUGGGAAGAUGUGUCGGAUGUGAGGACAAUGAUGAGAGGCAGAGGGGUUAGGAAGAUACCUGGUUGCACAUUCAUUUUGCCUUAAGUAAGUGUACUCUUGAUCAUUUGAUUGCAACAACUGGAAGAUAACUGGUCGUAAAGUGCUUCCUUAAUCCUUCUGGGGAAUAAUUUUUUGGAUUGAUGAAGCUGGCAAGGAGCCAGAGAAGUUAAGAAUUAGUGCUUUUGGGAACGCUAUUCAAUUCAGCUCGCCACAGGUGAAAUUUGAUUAUUUUAUUGGACAGUGGUCUUUCUGACAAAUUUCUCUAUUUUGAUUUUCUUCUUUGUUUCUUUAGUUCAAUGAUGUAUAUGUAGUUGCGCUAACUUUCACUCUUCAUCUUCGACUUGACUCGGCUUUUAGCAAUGCACAGAGAUAAUUUUCCCAAUUGCUGACGCGAGCAUUGAGAGCUUAUAUCCACCUAAAGUCACAGCUUCGGUGUGCCAAAACCAAAAUGGUGUGCCACCUAGGUCACAUUGGAUCGCCACAGACUUUAGUGCAAAGUCAGUCUACCAUGCUUUAAUUGUAAUCUUAGUUUCUAUAAUAGUAUUAUAUUUGAUCUAGCUUCGGCCACUCAUUGCUUCUUUUUUCGGCGGGCGAUAAAGACUGCGGUGAAUAGGAUUGGGAGUAAAAUCAUCUUCUUCAAUGGGUUGACAGUUUCGUGGAGUGCUGGAGGGUGAAUAUCUUCACUAAAUUAUUGUUAUUUUUCCUUUAAAAGAUAUAUGUUAGUUUUCUAUUAUUCGAACCAUACAAUUGAUGCGGUCCUCUCAUUGUUUGUUGCUGGUAUAUUGAAGAAUAUCACGAAGAGUAUCAUAACAGGUGUUGCACCUGAAGAUUACGCAUUAUCACCACCUCAUCUUUCUUAUCAUCUCUGAAAGAAUAUUAAUUCACAAUUAAUUUGACUUUAUAUAUUGCUUUUCUUGGCUCUUUUUUUUUUUCUUUCAUUCCUUUGCAGGGGCCGAUUGUGUAGACCUUCGGCCAUCCUCAAAGGAGGAUCCCAUGAGGCUGAAGAGUACGACGAGGAGAGAUAUGCAGAUACUGUCAUAGUGGCUAAAGCAAUUCUAUGAAGAUAUAAAGGAAAUAGAAGCGGGCCAAGUAGACCCCUAAACUAGUAGUACUAGAAGUACCAGAGGUGAGAGAUGGCUUCGAAGAUCGGCGGGCGAGGGAAAGUGGAGAGCCCAAGCCUGCAAUGUGGGUGGUGGUCGCCAUUGUUGCCAUUUCUCUCUUCCUCGUAUGUUUUCUCUGAGUUGAAGGGUUGUUGCAAACUAUUAGAGGCUGAGUAUGCUUGGUUUUGCAGAAGUAUGAUAUGAGCUCGUGUGAUGUGGAUCACUUCCCAUGGAUGAAACGGAUUCGUUGGGAGGGAUGCGAGCUAAUGGCGGUGCGCCACCUGGACACUUGUGGAUAAGAUAUGAUGUUUAUUUUUUUUGCGAUCUGAGUAUUAAAGGAAAAUAAUGCUAUGUGUGUGUCAAAAUGUACCCAAGUAUAUAAUUGAUGAGUUGGUGCAUUUUUAUAUUAUUAUAUUAGGCGCCAUCCACAAAUUUUGCUGGGUGUGCGUGU